AUGCUCACGGGGAAGAUCCAAGAGGAGAGUUUGCGAACGUAUCUAUUCACUUAUUCGCACGUUUACGACUCGAUGUCAUUGAUUACGCUGGCUGAGAUGUUUGAACUGGAAAAAGCGAACGUGCACGGAAUAAUAUCAAAGAUGAUCAUCAAUGAAGAGCUCAUGGCAUCUCUGGACGAGCCGAGCCAAUCUCUUGUGAUGCACAAGACAGAACCUUCGCGAUUGCAAAGCUUGGCCUUGCAAGUUGCUGAUAAAGUCGGACUACUCGUUGAAUAUAACGAGCGUAUUUUGGAGUCCAAAACAGGUGUGUCUCGAAGCCUUUUGUAUGAGUUUGAUGAACAACCAGGGAUGUUCGCCGAGGGUGUCAAAAUUACCCACUCUCUCGUUCUCGAAAAGUUCAUUGAAAUCGUGGACUCAUUUCAUGGACGAAGAACUGAUCGCUUGGAAAAUAUUGCGCUUCUUACGCAAUUGCGCGCAAUAUCGGAGUCGAAGAAACUCGGUCCGGCCUUGAAAGCAAAAAUAGACUUCGCUAUGAUUUCCGCCCUCUCCGAUUACGAUGCUGCGGUAACUUCAUCAAUGACGGCAGAAAAUUGGGAGAAGGUGAUGAAGAAGGUCCGGAAAAUAUUGAAUGAUUUGAGCAGUUGCGAAGACUUCACGGUUGCGGAACAUGUUUUGAAAGAAAACGAAAGUUUUGAGAAGCCCCCGUACAAAAUUCAAGGCUGCAUCAUGAAAGUUUGUGAACGAAUGGAUGACGAGUUCAACAAGCUUUUGAAAGAUUGCGAUGCUCAUGGGCCGGAAUAUGUGAAAAGACUGAAGGAUGAAAAAUCCGUCUGUGACAUUUUCGAGCACCUGCAAAGGUAUAUGGAAUCUAGGGAGUCGACUCCGUCGGAUCUGUGCCGAGUGUAUUUGCGUCGUGUAGAGCAUUUGUAUUACAAAAUUGAUCCAACCGUGUUCACGGAACGGGAUCCCGUAAGUCGACUUUUUGUUUUUCCAUCAUUAGGCAAAUGGAGCGCAGUUCUGAGCAAGAGAAAAUCGAGAAGCAGAGGCAAAUGCCAUUCCACAUGCACAUCAAUCUCGAGUUACUCGAGUGCGUUUAUCGGACCCCCGGAAUCCAUGCGAGAACACGUUGUAGCUGCCGCACGCGCGAUGCGUAACGGCAAAUGGAAGCAGUGUCGGGAUUUCAUCAUCAAUGAGAAAAUGAAUGCCAAAGUAUGGGACUUGUUUUACCAAGCUGAUCGUGUUCGGGAAAUGAUCACGGGGAAUAUCCAAGAGGAGAGUUUGCGAACGUAUCUAUGCACUUAUUCGCACGUUUACGACUCGAUGUCAUUGAUUACGCUGGCUGAGAUGUUUGAACUGGAAAAAGCGAACGUACACGGAAUAAUAUCAAAGAUGAUCAUCAAUGAAGAGCUCAUGGCGUCUCUGGACGAGCCGAACCAAUCUCUUGUGAUGCUCAAGACAGAACCUUCGCGAUUGCAAAGCUUGGCCUUGCAAGUUGCUGAUAAAGUCAGACUUCUCGUUGAAUAUAACGAGCGUAUUUUGGAGUCCAAAACAGGAAUCUUCAAUCAAAGGAAUCAGCAGAAUUACCGUCAACAGUUCGGCGGCCAGCGAGGACAAGACGGCGGCCGCGGUGGUUGGAAUCGAAGAGGUGGGCGUGACAGGCGUGACCGAGGUGGUGGUGAUGGCGUCGAUUUGAUGGAGACGGUGUUCGGCGCAUUGCAAGGCGAGAAUUGUCGCGGAAAAGGCGGACGCAAACGUGAUAAUCGUUGUGGACGAGGCGGUCAUGGA